AUGACUGUUCUCAUAAAAACAGAAAAGCUUACUAUAAAUCUUCAGCCAAAUUGCCACGUACAAAGAUUACUUCAAUUAAUCAUAAUGCCUCGAUCACUAGCAAGUCUCAUUGAGGGAAUGCUUUGA